AUAAAACGUUUAAGAAUAUUGCAAAAAAAAAAAAAGAAAAAAAACUUAUUUGCCAACCAUUUACCAAAGGGCCCUAAAACCACCUACACGUUAGCAACAAAAGAAAAGACUGCAAUAAUUUUAUUAAUUACUUAAUGCUAAUUGUGAAUAUUUCUUUUUGAGAAUUCAUAACAUAUUUCGCUUACUCAUAAGCUAAACAAAAGGAACAUAAAUAACAAUCUUUUAAAACAAAAUGAAGCCAAUCUUGGAAGUUGUUUCACCAAAUGUGCAAAUUACUGAUGAUUAUAUUGAAACCGAUUACGAUUAUCAGACAUCGCAUGUCAGACGUAUCGGUAACGAUCAAAUGCAGGUACUUCCUGAAUGUGUAAAUUUAAAGAUACGUACGGGUCGCCGUGUACCUAAAUUGGGCCUAAUGUUAGUAGGUUGGGGCGGCAACAACGGUUCGACUUUAACUGCCGCCUUAGAGGCCAAUCGUCGACAGUUACAAUGGCGUAAGCGCUCUGGUACGCAGAAGGCCAACUGGUUUGGUUCAAUUACGCAAGCUUCGACCGUAUUGUUGGGUUCCGAUGAAGAGGGCAAAGAUGUUUACGUACCUAUGAAAGAUUUACUACCCAUGGUUAAUCCAGAUGAUAUUGUUAUAGACGGUUGGGAUAUUAGCUCAAUGAAUAUUGGUGAUGCUAUGCGUCGAGCCCAAGUUUUGGAUAUAGAAUUGCAAGAUCAACUCUAUAAUCAAUUGAAUACUUUAAAGCCGCGGCCGUCUAUUUACGAUCCAGACUUUAUCGCAGCCAAUCAGUCGGAAAGAGUGGAUAAUAUUAUCAAUGGUACGAAGUAUGAACAGUUUGAGAAAAUAUGUCAAGACAUACGCGAUUUCAAGCAGCAAAACAAUUUGGACACUAUCGUUGUAUUGUGGACUGCCAACACGGAAAGGUUUUGCGAUGUUAAGCCCGGCUUAAAUACGACCAUGCAAGAAUUGGAAGCAUCUUUGAAAGCUAACAAAGCCGAAAUAUCACCAUCCACUGUUUUUGCCAUUGCCAGCAUAAAUGAAGGCUGCACAUAUAUUAAUGGAUCACCACAGAAUACCUUUGUUCCCGGUCUCAUAGAACUAGCUGAACACAAAGGUGUCUUUAUAGCGGGCGAUGAUUUCAAAUCCGGCCAAACUAAACUUAAAUCUGUUUUGGUUGACUUUCUAGUUGGCGCAGGCAUAAAACCAGCAUCUAUUGUCAGUUACAAUCAUUUGGGAAACAAUGAUGGUAAAAAUCUUUCUGCUCCUCAGCAAUUCCGUUCAAAGGAGAUUUCGAAAAGUAAUGUAGUAGACGACAUGGUAGAAUCCAAUAAAAUUUUAUACGAAGCUAAUGAACAUCCCGAUCACGUGGUGGUCAUCAAAUAUGUUCCCUAUGUCGGAGAUAGCAAGCGUGCCAUGGAUGAAUAUACUUCUGAAAUUAUGAUGGGCGGUCAUAACACAUUGGUUAUACAUAAUACUUGUGAAGACUCUUUGUUGGCGUCACCGUUGAUUUUGGAUUUAGUGAUUUUAGGUGAACUCUGCUCACGUAUACAAGUCAAAAACAAUAACGAUCACGCAUCCACGUGGAUACCGUUCAAACCUGUUCUCUCAUUGCUUAGCUAUAUGUGCAAGGCGCCCUUGGUGCCACAAGGUGCUCAAGUCGUGAACUCUUUGUUCCGCCAACGGUCGGCCAUUGAAAAUAUAUUGCGCGCUUGCAUUGGUCUGCCACCCACAUCGCAUAUGACAUUGGAGCAAAGAUUCGAUUUCUCCUUGAUAACUAAUCAACCGACCGUCAAGAAACUUAAAUCAAAUAUUUACUCGACAGACAUAGCAAGCAAUGGAAAACUUCUAAAAAACGGCCACAGCAAGGCACAAAGUAACGGUUACGCCAAUGGCGUUGCCAAUGGAAUUCAUUAAUUUGUUAACAGAAAUAUCUCCUCCGAAGAUUGUCAUAGUAUUUACAUCCAAAAAUGGCCAACCAUCGCAAUUUUAUUCGGACAAUUUAUCGACAUGCCUUUAGAAUGUCCAAGUAAGAUGUUUAUGCAGAAGUCCUACAAUAUCAAUAAUAAGUUUGUGAUAUACUUGAAAGGGAAAAAAUCUCAAUUGAAAAUUUAAAUUUACGUUUUUAAGGUACAAAAUCGUGACAUUAGCUUAUGUACCUUUAUUAACUUUAUUAACCCUUACAACACUCUUUAGGGACAAAUGAGUUAAUUUUUUGUGUUAUGUAUUUUCUCAAAUGUUUUUAAUUUUUCUAAAUAUUUA